UUACAGCGACUGAGUUCAAAGUCCGAGGUCCAUGUUGUGCUCCUGCAGAGCUUGAAGAACCGAUCUGAAGAAGUUCUCUGUGACAAAUUUGGGGUUUAGUUUGUUUUUCUUCAGUCACGCUGAACAGAACCAGAAUCAGAACCGAAACCAGCUCAUUUCUUGCAACAACCGAACUGACAGAAACCACUUUAACUGGACCGAAGAGAACAGAUAUGGCAGAACACAGAAGAACAGAAGAGCUUCCUGAAGAUGUUGGUUCAGAUGACUGCUUGGCUUCAUACACACACAUCUACAGCCCAGAUUUACUACAAGAUCAAGUUGCUUUCAUCACAGGAGGCGGAUCUGGAAUAGGACUUCGUAUCGCUGAGAUCUUCAUGAGACAUGGUUGUGACACGGUGAUCGCUAGCAGGAACCUGGACAAGCUGAAAGAGGCGGCGGUGAAGCUGUCGGCUGCUUCAGGACGACGCUGCCUCCCUCUGCGGAUCGAUGUGAGGCAGCCUGACGGCAUCGCAGCCGCUGUGGACGAGACGCUGAAGGAGUUUGGCCGUUUAGACAUCUUGAUCAACAAUGCUGCUGGAAACUUCCUCUGUCCUGCCUCUGCACUCUCCUUCAACGCUUUCAAAACCGUCCUGGAGAUCGACACCAUGGGAACGUUCAACACCAGCAAGGUGGUUUAUGAGAAAUGGUUCAAGGAUCAUGGCGGCAACGUGGUGAACGUCUCGGCCACGCUGGCGUACCGAGGGCAGGCCCUGCAGGUUCACGCUGGCUCUGCCAAGGCAGCAAACGAUGCCAUGACGAAGCACCUGGCGGUGGAGUGGGGGCCCAGCGGAGUACGGGUCAAUGCCGUGGCCCCAGGUCCGAUCUCUGGUACCGAGGGUUACCGCAAACUCGGCGGUCCUGCUGCCGAGGCCGCGGGUUCGUUCCAGGCCGUUCCUCUGCAGCGAGCCGGCAACAAGACGGAGAUGGCCCACUGCGCUCUCUUCCUGGCCAGCCGAGCGUCUUCCUACGUGACGGGCGCCAUCUUGGUGGCGGACGGCGGGGCGUGGCUGACCUCGCCCAACGACGUCUCGGCGCUGCUGGGUAUAGCUGCCUCUAAACGCGCUAAGCUGUGAGUCCUCCUCCUGACCAGGUUACUGGUCGCCGGAAAAGAGGAAGGACAAGUGAUCAGGAGAAAUCAGGACCUUUCUAAAGAAAUUAAGCAACUUAUGGACAAUGUUUGAUGUUUAUUAUGCAUUCUGCUGCUUUAGGUGUUGGAAGGUUUCUAGUAGAGAAGAACACAAAUAAAUUAUGUUCAUAUUGUUUAUAAGGAAUUACAGCUGUGCAUUAGGAUUAAAAAAUUAGUAAAUUUCAGCCAAAAAAUGUGAGAUAUCUCUUAGAAAAAAAAAAUUCUGAGUUUCAGAGUUGAAAAUUUGCUUUAAAAAAAUCUCAAACAUUUUGAUAUUAAUUUCUGAAAUUUUCUUGAUAAACCUCUGACAUUUCUGAGUUCCAAAAGUGAAAAAUCUGCUAGAAAUAUUUUUUUGAGAUUUUAUAGAAAAAACUUGGAAAUUCUAAAGCCUAAUUUUUGAAUUUUAAAUUUUAAAAUGUCAAAAAUUAGCAAAAGAAAAAAAAAUCUGAAGUUUUUAGAUUAAUCACAGACAUUUUCUAGAAAAUAUUCUGAAACACCAGAGCUUGAAAAAUUGUAAAUUAUCAAGAAAAAACUGAAAUUCGGAGAUUAAUUUAAAAAAUGUUCUAAAAAUAUGUUGGAAAUUCAAAUGUCAAAAAUUUGUGAGUCCUGGAAAUUUUUUGAGUUACAAACGUUGAAAAUUUUUAAACUCAGAAAUUUCAUAGUUUUUUGCUUUUUGUUUUUAGAAAAUUUCUGAGAUUACUCUAAACAUUUAUGAGAUUAAAAGUCAAAAGUAUGCUGGAAAAAAAACAUAGAAACCUGGAAAUUAAAAAAAAAAUCCUGGGAUUGAUCUAAAAUUGCAAAAGUUUUUUUUCUGAGCAAAGUUUUUACAUUUCAAAAAAAUCUUAGAAAUCUUGAAAUGUUUCAGUGUUUUGGCAGAAAUUUGCUCCUCUUUUUUCUGUCUACGGAAAUAUGCUGUUGUAGGUAAAGCAACAAUCCAGCUGUCAGUACUGUAAAACAUUUCCUUUGAUUUAUUCAGUAAUAAAAAUCUUUCUAUUCA